AUGACCUUCAUUCUAAGUAGGUCGCGUGAGGAUUCCAAAAGGGCAUUAACAAGGGCAGAUGGAUGGGCCUUACGGCUAAGCCCGUAUGAUUAUGAUAUCGAAUACAUAAAAGGACACGACAACAUCGCUGAUCCGUCAUCGCGUUUAUAUUGUGGACAGGAUGAAGCAUUCAACGAGGAAAUCAGCCCAUGGGAAGUUUGUAACUUGGAAACUCGAAGUGAUGAGUUCCUGACUGAAGAAGAAAUUCGUGAAUACACAGAGCGUGACGCAACUCUGCUACAGGUGAUCCACGCCUUGGAAACGAAGGAUUGGCCUAAAGCAUUAAUGAAGUUUAAAUCAAUCGAGAAUGAUCUUAUCUUCACUAAAGGGAUUUUAGUGAAAAGUGGCUGCCCGGUUAUUCCUCAAGAACUUCGGGAUAAGACCUUGGAGAUCGCUCACAUGGGCCAUCCUCUCGAAGCUAAAUUGAAGAGCAUCUUGCGUAGACGCGUAUGGUGGCCAGGAAUGUCUUCUGACGCGGAAAAAUAUGUGAAAUCUUGUUCCACUUGUGCCAUAAAUGGACGACCAGAGCGACCGCCACCAAUGCAAAGGGCAUUUGCUCCAAAAGUCAUAAUCGACCUACGUUCUAGGUAUGCAAUUGCGCGACCUGUGAAAACAACUAAAUUUGAGCACACUAAAGCUGUUUUGGAUGCCGUUUUCGAACGUGAAGGAUAUCCCAAAGCUAUGAAAUCCGAUAACGGACCACCUUUCAACGGCGAAGAGUAUUCUAAAUACUGCUCCGAACGCGGAAUCCAAACGAUAUUUUCUACUCCAUUCUACCCUCAGCAGAACGGCCUGGUAGAAGGCUUUAUGAAGGUCGUAAAUAAAGCCAUGUCUACCGCGUUAGCCAAGGGAGGAAAUCAUCAGAAAAAAUUGCAAGCAAUAGUUCAUUCUUAUAAUGCCGCGAAUCACAGCAUAACUAAGCUACCACCAGAAGACGUGCUAAACCUAACCUAA